CCAAUGCUCAUGGAGCUGCAGUUCCGCAACAAGUCCGAACGUGCCAAAUGGAUGGACACCUUCGACAAGGGCAUCCAAAAAGCCCCAAAAACUGUCCGGAUGCCGCCGCGACGCACCGACGCGCAGACAGCGAAAGAGAGAGAGAAGGAGGAGAAGAGACAGAGAGAAGCAGAGGAGGGAUGGGUACGACGGCUCGAGCAGCAUUUUGAAGAGCGCAAAGAUGCCGAGGGCGCCAUUGCUGAAUACCUCGACAAGCGAAUGGCUUGGUUCGACCGGCUUCGCUCGAUCGUGAAUGAGAUGCCUUUCAAGAACCGGCAGGACAUCCCCGAUAAGGUAAAAGCCGCCGUACGCCAACGAUUCCGAGAACUUCGCCAAGCGCGUGUAGAGCCAAUCAGCAAACUGGUGGCAAAAUGCACGGCAGCUCGGGACCAAGAUCUGCUCGACUUUUUCGACGAUGCCGCCGAGGUCAAUUACGCCCGACUGCAAGCGGAAAAUGAUGUUCAAAACGUCGAGGAUGACUCGGGAUCGGACUCGUCGGGGAGCGAGAGCAAAAAUUUGCCCCGCCGGGUGCAGACAUUCCAUGGGACGAGCAAUCCGCGGAAAGAGAAAGGCUCCUUCCGACGUCACACAACCGUCCCGAAGAUGUUGAGCCUCCACUCGGCCUCCACCUCAUCAGCCGGCAUGGAGUUGAUGCGCAGCCGGGAGGAGGACAUUGAAGAGGUCUCUGAUGAGGAGCCCUCGACAGUGUCCACACGGUCGGAUGGCCCGUCGAGGGCCCGCGGCGAUGAGGUGGCGCAGAUGACGCAGAGACUUCCGCUAUCGAUGAGUCUACGCGCCCGAAAAGCUGCCACCCAAAUCAUCAAGGAAAACGCCGACCUGCGCCAUAUCAACAACACCUUGAGACAGGACUUGGCUUUGAGCAAAACAGCGCUCUCUUUGUAUGAGAAAUCGAGGGUAGCGCCGCUGGGGUCAAACGGAAAUGGUUGCCCAUCGGUGCCGGCUGCAGAAACGCAUGAGGCGCUUCGCAAAAAGGAGCAAGAACUGCGGGACGGGGAAUCAAAGUUGAAUCAGGAUCGCGAGGAUCUAGAGGCGAAAAAGCAGCAGCUGGAGGACCGUCUUCGUGUCAAGGAGGAAGAAUUGAAUGAGAAAUGGAGAACCCUGCUCGAGCGCGAAACGAUACUCCACGCUAAUCAUAUGAACAAUGAUCGCAAUUCAACCCCGCCUGCAAUGACUCGUCUCAUCUCCCCAACAUGCGCCGGCCGGAAGGAGCAAGCAGCUGUUCCGCCGAUCUCACCCGCAUUGAAGGUACUGGCCGUCGAGACGAAGAACAAGAAGAAGAAA